ACCGCCGAGCGAAACAGAACCCGUUUCGGACUCGCAGUCACGUUUUAUCAGCGUCGCGACGCGUUGCUGCCGAAGCCGAAGAGGAGGACGAGGAAGAUAAGAGAAGAAGAAGAAGAGAAAGAAGAAAGGAAGAAAAAGAAGAAGAGAGAAAGGAGUCUCCUCGGGACGGUAGCUUCAAAACGAAGAUCUGAAGAACUUCGCGAAUCUCUUCUAGGACUCUCUUCAGAAUGACGGAAGUGGGAAAGCACGUGCUUCUUCGUGGUCUUCUGCCGCUGGUGAUUCUGGCGACCUUGAGCGGGGCGCAGCAGCAGUUCCGGUGCCCGGAGCCCAAGGGUUUCUUCCCCGAUCCGGAGCAGUGCGAUCUUUAUUACGCCUGCUUGGACGGCCAGCCUGAGGAGAGGCUCUGCAAGGAUGGGCUCGUCUUCAGGGAUGACAAUCCCAAGAAGGAUUUCUGCGACAUACCGGCGAAUGUGCCCUGCGGCGACCGCACGCUUUUGCAGGAGCCGCAGCCUAGCAAGGGCUGCCCGCGCGCGAACGGCAUCUUCAGCCACGAGGACCCGGCCGCGUGUGACCGUUUCGUCAACUGCAUCGACGGGGUGGUGCAGGUGGUGCCCUGCCCGCCCGGACUGGUCUACGAGCCCAAGAUGUCGAGCUGCGUCUGGCCGGCGGAUUCCAUUCGCCUGUGCGAGAACGCGAAGCGCGACGUCCUGGACGACGGCUUCGUAUGCCCGGACGGCGACGUUGCCGGCCCGUCCGGCAGGAUCCUGCCGCAUCCCACGUAUCCGCAUCCCGAGGAUUGCGCCAAAUUCUACAUCUGCAAGAACGGCGUGGUGCCGCAGAAGGGCCAAUGCGAGCCCGGCACCGUGUACAACGAGGAGAGCUUCAGGUGCACGGAACCGGAAUACGUGCAGGGAUGCGAGGACUAUUAUAAACACAAGAACUGAGUUGGCGUACCGAGGAUGCCGCAGUUAACCGCAGCUACGUGACCAGAAAUUCAUUUAUAAACUCACGAGACCAGAGCGAAUAAAUCUGACGUUUGCUAUUAAAGUUUAGUUACACAGAUGUUCAUUUCUACCACCAUAUUUCUUCUUUCUAACGUAGAUUAUCUUCAAUCCCGAUUUAACUUAGUUUUUAUUCUCUUCUAAUUUUAAAAAUUAGAAAAAAGAUAGUA